AUGGCCAGCUCCCAGGAAUUGGCGCCGAUCAAGAUUCGGCUGCCGCAUCCCUACCUCACCACUUACCAUCUGGUACCCUCCAGCAAGCUCAACGAUGGAAACCGCUUGUUCCAGCUACACAAGGCCUCUGGCGGCGAAGCUCAGCCUUUCCCCCAUGAGCUUGAGAAUGGCCAGCUCUACUUCAGCGCUCCACAGCCCGUAAACCCAGAGACCGCAGUGACAACCUCCAACAAUACAGCUUGGGCGCGCGCCCAGCGCAGCCCAGCAAGCAUUGCAACCUGGGAAACCUCCUCCGCACCCACAGUCGGCCAAAUCUGGCUAUUCCUCUACUCCAUCUUCACAGUGCAAGAGCAAAUCGAGACAUUCCGCAUCCAGCUCCAAGGUCCCGAGGCCGAGUCUCUCGCACUCGCUCUCCGCCUGUCAAUGGUAGCAAUCGACCACCCAGCGCCCGUGAGCAGCGCAACAACCUACGAGACCAUCCCCAACGAGCUCCUCGUCAUGCGCAGCGCUUUCUGGCAAGACUACACAAUGACCUCAACCGAGACGGUGCAUCGUCGCCACCCACGCCGUCAUCCAAAGCCUACUCCCGGCCAUGUUGUUUACAGUCGCUACAUCCCAUUUCUAGAUGAGCAUUUCUCGCUUAUUGCGCUCGAUUAUCAGAAUCCGGAGCAUUUAAACUUAUUCCACACAUGGCAGAAUGACCCUCGCGUCGCGGCCGGUUGGAAAGAAACUGGUACCCUGGACGAACACCGCGAUUAUCUGCGUCGCCAGCACGAGGACCCGCACACCCUGACUGUUCUGGGCCGGUUCAACGAUACGUUCUUCAGCUAUUAUGAGAUCUUCUGGAGCAAGGAGGAUAAUGUCGGCGCGCAUUAUGCUUCGGGAGACUUCGAUCGCGGCCGGCAUACUCUUGUUGGAAAUGAUGCAUUCCGUGGUCCCCAUCGUGUUAUGGCUUGGUGGCCUAGUAUGAUUCACUACUGUUUCCUCGACGAUCAUCGCACGGAGAAUGUCAUUGGUGAACCUAUGUCUACUAAUGAUAAGGUCCUCACUUAUGAUUAUACCUUCGGUUUGCAUCAGGAUCAGGUCAUUGAUUUGCCCCAUAAGCGUGCUAGUUUGGUUAAGUGUACGCGUGAGCGAUUCUUCCAGCUUUGUCCGUUUAACCAGGGGACACCGCAUAUUGCGGGUACUGGGUUGGGCUUUAAGCCGAGGCUGUGA